AUGGCGUCGACGUCUCUGCCUCCCAAUGUCCAUCUUUCAAAACACCCAUGCCUUCGCGCAAAGCUCAGCCAGCUGAGAUCCAAGGACACCAACGCCCGCGAGACAAAGACCCUUAUCCACGAGAUUGCUUUGUUGUUGGGGGCCGAGGCGCUGGCGCAACUCGAGAUCGAGUCUUUUGGAACAGAUGAGACCCCUAUCGGAUAUAAGUAUCCAAUUGAGACUAUCGACUGCCACAAACUCACCGUUGUCCCCAUCCUGAGAAGCGGACUCGGUAUGGUUGAAGCAAUCCAAACUCUCCUGCCUGAUUCCGUUUCGGUCCACCAUCUUGGCCUCUUCCGUGAAAAGAUGACUCUGCAACCUGUCGAAUACUACAACAACCUCCCCCAGUCCCCUGAGUUGGUGGCGAAAUUGGCCAUCAUUGUCGAUCCUGUUUGCGCCACAGGUGCGACAGCAUGCGCCGCGAUCCAGAUGCUGAAGGAUUGGGGUGUUGAGAAGAUCAUCUUCUUGUGCGUUUUGGGCGCACUCCCAGGGAUAACAAGAGCCGCUGCGGAGUGGCCAGAGGGCACGCAGGUGUGGGCGGGCGGCAUGGACGAUGCGCUGACUGAUCAAGGCAUGAUCAAACCGGGCCUGGGGGACAUCGGUGAUCGUCUCUUCCUGACCAUGGGAAAAUGA